AUGGCUUCAAAUUCUAAAGGGCACUUGGAUUCUUCAAAUGGGUUUGGCUUGGAAAAUCAAUCCGUGGCCGUGUUUUCAAAAGAAGAUGACAAGAAGGUAGCUAGAGAAACGAACCAACAUGUUCAAGGGCCAUUCAAUUCUUCAAACGAACUUCCAAUGCAAAAUCAAUCCACGGUUGAGUAUUCUGAUCUUGAAGUUGGUAAUGAGCCGACCUGGGAGAUUGCUUCUUCAGAUGGGAUAGUUGUCGAUAAGAAUCCAUUUCAAGAACAAAAUGCUGGAGGCAUACAUGUUAUGCUAGGGCAGGCUUUCCCAAACGAGAAUGGUGAUAAUUACGGUAGUUGUGAUUCACCGGGCGAGAUUUUGAGAUACAUUGAUCAGGUGCUCAUGGAAGAGGACUUGGAGGGACUGACAAAUAUGCUUCAGGAGUCUUCAGAUUUCAAAGCAAAAGUGAAAUCAUUUUAUGAGAGAAUAAUUCACGCCCCGGAGCAAAGGGAAAGAAAAAUAACCGCCAAGCUGAGGCAGACGAUUGCGAAGAAGAUACAACUACAAAACUGCCCUCAGUUCACAUUUCACAAUGAGUUCAAUAACGGCCUCACGGAUGAAUGUGACGAUUCAUGUAUUUAUACAUGUGGCAGCAUUGAGAAAAAUCUUUUGGAUUACAUGACAGACCUAAAAAUCUCGACAAGUAAGAGGAUGGAAAAAUAUGGGGUCAAGGGUCGCCCCUUUCGUAAGAAACAGAAGAAGAAGGAAGAAGUGAUCGAAUUUACCGAUCUCUUGAUCACGUGCGCCCAAUCCAUUUCUUUGGGUGACCAUCGAUCCUCGAAAGAAUUGCUGGGGAAGAUCAGAAAGCAUUCGUUCCCUUACGGCGACGGUAAUCAAAGGAUGGCCUACUAUUUCGCCAAUGGGCUGGAGGCCUGUAUGAACGGGACCGGCAGCCAAAUAUACAAAUCCCUCGUCAACGAAAGAAAGGACCCUUCUGACUACCUGAGAGCCUUCUUCAUGUCCCUCAUAUCCUCUUCGCUCAUCAAUAUUCCGAAUCUCGUUUUGAACCAGCUGAUCAUGUGGCCUGCUUUAAUCCGGCGCUUGUCCAAAAGGGAGGGAGGGCCCCCGAAGCUCAAGAUUACUGGGGUUGACUUCCCGCAGUCGGGCCCUUGGCCCGCCGAGCAGGCUGAGGAGACGGGCCGCCGUCUGGCCAUGUAUGCUGAGAUGUUCAGUGUGCCGUUUGAGUAUAAUGUGAUAUCACAGUCUUGGGGAUCCGUGAGACUUGAGGAUCUCAAGAUGGAGGAGGGCGAAUUCGUGUUUGUCAAAUGUGUGUACAUGUCUAAGAAUUUGCCAACCGAGGAAGUUGAGGGGAAAAGCCCGAGAAGUAUGUUCCUCGACCUGGUCAAGAGAAUCAAUCCGGAUAUCUUCUUGCAUGGGGUACUCAAUGGGGCCUAUAGUGAUCCAUUUUUCUUGACUCGGUUUCGUGAUGUGCUGUAUCAUUACUCGACUUUGUUUAAUCUGAUGGAAAUGACAUUUCCGCCCAGGGAGAAUAAAGAGAGAAUGCUUAUGGAGAGGGUGCUUGGGAUGGAGGUGUUGAACGUGAUAGCCUGCGAGGGCCCAGAUAGAGUUGAGCGGCCCGAGACAUAUAGGCAGUGGCACGUGCGUCAUGUAAGGGCAGGUUUUGUUAUGGUCCCUUUCUGGAGUGAUUUGGCGAGCAUGGUAAUGGAAAGGGUGAGGAAAUAUCACCAUAAGGAGUUUUUGGUCACUGAGGAUGGUCUUUGGCUGUUGCUCGGCUGGAGGGCGCGGACUAUCUUUGCAGCUUCCUGUUGGCAGCCCGCUCGAGAAACUUGA